AUGAUGCGAAAGGUAUGCUUGGUGCUGGUGGCAGGCGUGGUCGCCCUCGUUUCAGGCGAAAUCAGUCACCAUGUUAAGAGCUCUCUACACCACCCACUAGAUCACCAUGCUGCUCCAAAACAUCAUGUAGCCCCUGUACACCAUGCUGUCCCAGUGCACCAUGCUGCCCCUGUACAUCAUGCUGCCCCUGUGCACCAUGCUGCCCCUGUACAUCAUGCUGCCUCUGUGCACCAUGCUGCCCCUGUACAUCAUGCUGCCCCUGUACAUCACGGAAAGGGAUAUGCUCCUGCUUACCCUGAUACGCCUCCACACUACGCCUUCGAGCACGCUGUCAACGACGACUACGCCGGCACCCACUUCGGCCACUCGGAGGCUCGCGACGGCUACAAGACGGAGGGCAAGUACUUCGUGCACCUCCCCGACGGCCGCGUCCAGACCGUCACUUACUACGCCGACGAGACUGGCUACCACCCCACCGUCUCGUACGAGGGGACGGCCCACUACGACGCCCACGCAGCCGUCCCUCACCACGCCCCUGCCAAGGCUUACCACGCCCCUGAACCAGCAUACCACGCCCCUGCCAAGGCUUACCACGCCCCUGAACCAGCAUAUCACGCCCCUGAACCAGCAUAUCACGCCCCAGUUCUACCCACUUAUCAUGCCUAAGCUAAAGAAGUAUUCUUUGUGUACGAAAAGUUCAAUGAACAUUGUCAAUAUUUAAAAGAUUUGUAUAUAAUAAAAUGAAACUGUGAAUCU